AGGUAACACUGACUGGCACCAAUGGGUGACAUUGAAAGGCAGCUCAGAUGGGCACUGAUAUGUGGCAUUGAUGUGCACUGGUAUGUGGCACUGAUGUGGCACUGAUGGGCACUGGCACAUGGCACUGAUUGGCACUGAUGAGCACUGACAGGUGGCACUUCUGGGGCCACACUGAUCAUCAGGGCACACUGAUCAUCAGUGCCCUGCGGCUCUCCUCUCGAGCUGUCAGCGUGACAGCUCGAGAGGAGAGAAAUGCCGAUAACCGGCAU